CUCUCUGCAUGCUUGUGUACAUUCACUCGAACCUCUGAUAGACGAGUUCUUCCCAAACGACGACUGAUUUCAACGAGCGACGUAGUAUCACGUGAAAGUAUCUGUUUGUCGAACAGCUGAUUUUAGUGACAACUUGGCAAACCCAUCGAAAACAAGAUCUCAUACAGAAUUAUAAUACACAUCUAUCAUCAUGGGUAGUUUAGAAGGAUGUGCUGCAUGCUCCAAGAUUCUUCUUAUUGUCUUCAACGUUGUCUUUUUUAUCUUUGGCGCUGUGUUCUUAGGUAUAGGAAUAUGGGCUACUACAGACAUCUACAGACCAGACAUCUUGAAGAUCAUGGACAACCCUGCCAUCCAGAAUGGUAGCUAUGUUUUAAUCGCCAUUGGUGCAUUUAUUUUCAUACUGGCUUUCCUUGGUUGCUGUGGGGCUUGUUGUGAAAACAAGUGUAUGCUGAUUAUGUAUUUCAUCAUUCUUUUAAUAGUUGUGAUUAUACAGAUUGCUGCGGGAGCUGUCGUUGUGGCAUUCAAUAAUACUGUUCAGACCUACUUGCGUGAUGAGAUGUCAAAAAGUAUGGAAAAAUAUGAGAGUGCUGAUUCAACUGAAACAUACAGUGUAGCAUGGAACGCUGCUCAGAGCUUUCUGCAAUGCUGUGGUAUUGACAAUUACACUGAUUGGCAGGAUACUACAUGGGCAACAGAGCAGACUCCUACUAAUGUUGAUGGUGUUGAUAUAACACUGGAUUACCCGCUAUCCUGUUGUUAUGUUGAAGAUCCAACCCAGGUUGUUUCCGGUGAAACUCCAAUGCCGGAUAACGUCACAGCGUGUAUUGGUUUUGGUGUGGAUGUGCCAAAUAAGUACAUGUACAGCGAUGGGUGUUACACUACAUUAAAACAAUACCUUGAAGAUAAUAUUAUGUAUGUCGGAGCCGUGGCACUUGGUAUUGCUUUCAUUGAGAUUAUGGGUCUUAUUUUGUCCUGUUGUGUCUAUCGUGGUCUCAAGAAAGCUGAAGAAGUUAUCUAGACCAUCCAAGCUUAGUUCACCCAGAAUCUAGACUCCACAUAUUAUUAGCAUGUAUAAUAUCCACUUACAUAAGUGUUAUGUGUAAAACACUGAAAAAUUUAUAUUUUAUUGGACUUCAUAAUUGAUGAUUUAUCGGUAUAUCCCCUUUGUAAUUGAAAAUGGUGAAAUAUAAAAUUCGAACUAAAAUGUUAUUGGGGAAGGAGGUACUCGUAUGAAUUGACCAAAUUACUUACUAGAGAUCUUGAAGCUUUUAUUAUAGAUGCUAAAACAUGUUCUGAGGAAUGUAUCAUACGACCUGUAAAUGCUUAAAUUUACUCACUAUAUUAUGACAAUUUAUAACAAAAAAUGAAGUACGGUAUAUAUAAUAUAUACCUCAUGCUAAAGUUUCUCAGAGCAUUGAUACUUAAACUACAGUCUCUUUAAUAGAUUCUUCCCAUUUUUCAUAACUUUUAAUGGUCAAUAGUUUGUGAUUCAGGAAAGGUUGUUUGAAACUAGGAAAUAAAAUAAAAUAUACACCUAUAUGAAUAUGCACUAAUAUAAAUGGUAAAAUGAAAAUUUUGAAAUAACAUUUUCAUGUAUUAUUUGUGCACAUUGUCUUGAAUUUGUUAAAAAAAAUAUAUUUUGUGGACUUCAUGUUAAGGAAUUAACUGUAAGGAACUGUCUUAAUAAGAAUAUUAUGUGUAUUGUCUAUUAUCAACAAAAACAUAUUUCAUUUCCUAAAAUUUCAUAGCAUGUGGUUUUCCUGCGAGAGGGGAUAAUACUGAGCUAAAUGAAUUACUUUGUGCAUAUUUAGUAUACCGGUAAAUCUUUUAGUUGAGUGUAGACAAACCAAUGCUUAAAUAUUCAGGUCUAUCUUGUAAAUUUUCAUUUUCUACCUGUUUGAUGUAAUUAUUUGUUAAGAAAUAGCUAUGAUUUUUCUUGGACAUAAAGAAUCAUCAUGAAUGAUGAAUUUAUCAAUGUUAAGUACCAUGGAUAAUGUGGUGUUUUUACUCAAAUGUGUAUAUAAUUUCAGUUUAUUGCACAGUAAUAGUAUCAGUGAUUCAUGUAUAUGCUUUAUGAAUUUUAUUUUCAAAUGCAUGUAUUUUUUUUUAAAAUAAAUUUAGAUCACCUUUCUUCAACAGAUUGUAGUCCUCGAGACAUUUACAUUUCAGUUGCCAGUAAUUCAUCUUGAAACAAUCAAAUCAUUGAUUGAUUGAUUGAUUGAUUGAUUGAUUGAUUGGUUGGUUGAAAAAAUAAACAUAAUGAAAAAGCGGAAUAAUUAAUAUAGUGGCUGACUGGUAUAGUAUUUGUGAUAAUUCUACGCCAAAGUAUAUUUAGUUCCGUAACACUUUGUGUUCAUAUUUCAUUGUAUUGGUACUUUAUUCCAAUUCUUGUACUUUAUCUAUUGAGGCUGAUUUCAACGUUUCAGCAUUGAUUUGUAUUUUUUGUUUCAAUAAACUCUAUUGUUUACCUCCA